AUGUGGGCGCUGUUGCUGGUACUGGUGGCGACUGCGGCGUCGGCGACGGCGGCGCCCGUCUACCGGCUGCCGCUGACCGGCUCGGGCAGCGCCUCUCUGGCCUGGGCGCUCGACUACGGCGGCCGGCAGCUGCGCGCCGAGGUCCACUGCAGCGAGCCCGCCGACUGGAUGGCCGUCGGCUUCUCGGACCGCGGCGACUUCGCGCCGGCCGACUACUGUGUGAUGUGGCGCGACUGGCGAGGCCGCGUCCACAUGCAGGAUACCUGGACGGACGAGGAAGGCGCGUUUCACGUGGACGAGCAACAGGACUGCAAGAACUUCCGCUAUGUGAGCUCUCACGACGUCACCAAGUUCACUUUCUCACGAAAAUUCGACACGUGCGACGAGCAUGACUACGUCAUCGAGGAAGGCACGACGCACGUGGUGUGGGCGAGCGGACGCAGCCGGCUGUUCGCGGUGGCGGGUCUGAACGUGAGCUCCCCUGGCGUUCAGCGCGCCAUGCAGCGGGCUCAGCUGCUGCGCAACGAAGCCGCGGCGCCGCGCUUGCCGGCCGACGCCUGGCCGCUGGAGGUGCGCGCCAGCCACGUGCGGGUGCCCAGCUCCGACACCACCUACUGGUGCCACGUGCAGCGCCUGCCCCAGGAGCUGCGCCGCAAGCACCACAUUGUACAGUAUGAAGCAGUCAUUCAAGAAGGCAACGAGCCGCUAGUGCAUCACAUGGAGGUGUUCCACUGCGAGGCCCCACCGGAGGAGCAAAUCCCUGAGUAUCAAGGUUCCUGCACGGACGAGAAACGUCCGAAGUCCACCGCCGUCUGCAAAAAGGUUCUCGCCGCCUGGGCUAUGGGAGCCCUACCCUUCACCUAUCCGGAGGAAGCAGGCCUUCCGAUCGGCGGCCCAGGGUUCAAUCCAUAUGUCAUGCUGGAAGUUCAUUAUAAUAACCCGGAAUUACGUUCUGAUUGGGUUGACAGUUCUGGAGUUCGCUUACAUUUAACAUCUGAGCUGCGGCUAUUUGACGGUGGCGUAAUUGAAUUGGGUCUGGAAUACACUGACAAAAUGGCAAUCCCACCAAAGCAACCAGCUUUUACACUGUCUGGCUAUUGUAUAACUGAAUGUACAGCAGUGGGAAUUCCUCCCGAAGGAAUUACAAUAUUUGGAUCGCAGCUUCACACCCACCUCACAGGAAUCCGCGUUUAUACGAGGCACAUCCGUGAUGGUCGUGAAAUGCCCGAACUCAAUAGAGACAACCACUACAGCACACAUUUUCAGGAAAUCAGGCUCCUGAAGAGACCAGUGACUAUAUUGCCUGGAGACGCCUUAAUUACGACAUGCACGUACAACACAGAAGAUCGGGAAAACAUCACCCUCGGUGGAUUUGCAAUCAGUGAAGAGAUGUGCGUUAAUUACGUGCAUUACUAUCCAAAAGUUGACCUGGAAGUGUGCAAGAGCUCCGUCAGCUCUGAAAGCUUAAAAACAUACUUCAGAUUUUUGCACGAGUGGGAGGGCCAGCCUACUAGCCCUGACAACGGCAUUUCGUCCAACUACGGUUCAAUUGAUUGGACACCAAUAAGAGUUUCAGUACUGAACCAGCUGUAUCAAGAAUCUCCUCUAUCGAUGCAGUGUAAUCAGUCAAGCGGAGAACGAUUUCCUGGAGCAUGGGAAAAUCUUCCUGUCACACAGGUCCAGUUCCCGUUACCACCACCUUCACGACCAGCAUGCGACACUAAACAGUAGUCAUUUUGCCAAAUAUUUACUCUUAUUUCUCUUAGAUCUGCAGCAAUAAUCCAGAAAAUAUCCAUGUGUCCAACAACGCUGAAAAUAGCGAAAAUGUUAACAAGAAAGAUGUCUAUUAAACUCAAGUUAAAACUUACUGUAAAAUUAUUUGUGAGGUAAUAAAGGCA